GGCGGCGGAGGGAGAGGAGGACGAAGAGAGCAGGGAUGUUGUGGAAACUCAAGAGCAUUAUAAGAGCAGGUGGCGAUCCAUCUGGAUUAUGUACCUUACAAUGUUUCUCAGCAGUGUAGGUUUCUCCAUUGUAAUUAUGUCUGUGUGGCCAUAUCUCCAAAAGAUUGAUCCGACAGCAGACGCAAGUUUUUUGGGCUGGAUUAUAGCUUCAUACAGCAUUGGCCAAAUGGUUGCCUCUCCCCUGUUUGGCUUGUGGUCCAAUUACAGGCCCAGGAGAGAACCUCUUGUCAUUUCAACUGCUAUUUCAGUAGCUGCUAAUUGUCUCUAUGCCUAUGUCCAUGUACCUCACUCACACAACAAAUACUACAUGCUGACUGCACGUGCUCUCGUGGGAUUUGGAGCAGAAAGAACAAGUGCCAUGGCCAACACCAGUGCCUGCCAAGCGGUUGGAUUCAUAUUAGGGCCAGUUUUUCAGACAUGUUUUACACUUAUUGGAGAAGAAGGAGUAACAUGGGAAUUAAUUCGUCUUCAGCUGAACAUGUAUACGGCACCGGUUUUAUUUGGAGCUCUCUUAGGAGUUAUUAAUAUUAUUCUCAUCUUUGCCAUAUUCAGGGAGCAUCGAGUGGAUGACAUGGGACGGCAGUGCAAAAGUAUUAAUUCUGAAGGAGAAGAAAAUGAUGCCCUGGAUCAGGACACAGAAGGAAACGUUGACCAUGUUGCUGUGGUAGCACUCAAUGUUCUCUUCUUUGUCAUCUUGUUUGUGUUUGCUGUCUUUGAAACUAUAGCUACUCCAUUGACGAUGGAUAUGUACUCCUGGACAAGGAAAGAAGCUGUUUUCUAUAAUGGAAUAAUCCUUAGUGUGAUUGGCAUUGAAUCAGUUAUUGUUUUCAUGGUGGUUAAAAUGCUAUCAAAAAAGACUGGUGAGCGUGCCAUACUCCAUGGAGGCUUACUGAUUGUCUUGGUUGGAUUCUUUAUCUUACUGCCUUGGGGGAAGAAACUACCAAAUAUCCAGUGGCAAGAAAUAAAGAAUAACUCCAUUCCCAGAACAGUUCCCACCGAAAUGUUAAUGCCUUUCUGGAGUUUGCAAGAGAUGCAGCUGCCAUCCAACCACACAGCAGAACCCGUGGGCUGCCCCCUCACACAGUCCUGGUGCCUCAAUACUCCGAUGGUCUACCUGGCCCAGUACCUCAGUUCUGAUGUGCUCAUAGGAUUGGGCUAUCCUGUUUGUAAUGUCAUGUCCUACACUUUAUACUCAAAAAUCCUAGGACCAAAGCCUCAGGGUGUCUACAUGGGAUGGUUAACUGCCUCUGGAAGUGGAGCACGAAUACUUGGGCCUGUUUUUGUGAGCCAAAUAUACACUCACCUGGGACCACGCUGGGCAUUUAGCUUAAUCUGUGGAGUAGUUGUACUCUCUCUCUUACUCUUGGAGAUAGUGUACAAGAGACUAAUUGCAUUUUCUGUCAGAUACGGAAGGAUGCAAGAAGAGAAUUGUUAGAUAUGCAUUUAAAGAAAAAGUAAAACAAACCAGAAGUAAUACUUAGUUUAUUACUGCUUUUUAACAAGGAGUACAUAACCACUGACCUUGUUGGCUGCGUGCUAACAACUGUACACCUGUACUUAUGCAUUGACAGAAUACAUAACUUGUUCAUAUCCCAAUGUAUGGUUACACCUGCUGCAGUAGAGCUUUUGUAUUCUGCUUUUCUAGCAGCAGAGGAAGGGAUGUGGCAGACUGGAUCGGUACAAUGGCACAUUUGAUGUGUUUACUGUUUAAAUGAUGCACCCGUGCACUGAAUGCAGCUGGUCACAGGUUACGGCCAUCCUUUCGAGGAAGAAGUAAAAGAAAUGUUAUCUUGAUUCUGUGAAUCAGGAUUAGUAACUCUUUUGUAACUGCAAGAUUAGUUGAGCUGCAUGCACUUUGUAUGGAGACAUCACUACUUGAGCAAACCUUCUGAUGUUUGGUUUGUUGGCUUGUAAGCACUGGUUAAUACAGACUGUUUGAUUCUGGACCUGUUACCUAUUAGUACAUCUCCAGGAUUUCAAAGGAAGUGUGACAGAAGUGUAGAGGAGGGUAGAUGCCCUCUGCAGAAGUAGUUUGUGUGGGAUUUGGGUUUUUAAGUUUGUUAAGAGCAAUUGAAAAUUAGUAUCAGGAGCUGUUAUUUGAACCAUGGUGAACUAUAUGUGCAAUUUUUCCUCUCCUGUUUUGCUGAUUGCCUUUUUGUAGCAAGAAAGAUAACCUGCCCCAAGUUGAAAUAUGCACAGCUUUUCUUAACUACAAGAAGGAAAGACUACGCACAAUACUUUACACUUUUGUUGUCAUUUGUGAGAAUGAAUGCACUGUGCUGAGCGGGCGUAGUAAUUAAGUGAAAGGAGAAAAGUCCUUGGGUGUUUACUCUUAAGACUUAUACAGGUAACAAGGUAAAAGAGACAGAAAUUUCCAACGUUUUAAUUAUUCAGAGGUUAUUUUAAAAAGUGAAAUUGUAAUUUUCCCUCAUAGUAGGGCCUAAGCUUUUCGAUACAGGUUGAUUUUAGCUGUUUUAAUACUACUGGGGAAAAAAACCAGAAUUACUCACUGGAGCAAUGAGAGUCGUGGCUGCUGUUUAAUGUCUCUACUAUUUGAUGCUUAUUAAAUGUAAUAAGUGUAAUUAUGUAUUCCUACAUGUUCCUACAUAAUAAGUUGUUCAAACACUAAAAGACUACUGAAUUAAAAGAUGAUUUUUCCAAUACUGA